CCAGACAACUCAAGCUCUCACACUCACUCCGCAGACUGAGAGAAAGAAGACGAGUUUAAACCCUGCUGACCCCGCAUCACACCAGAUACAACCGGUACAAGGAGACCACCACUAGAUUUUACUCAUCGUCGAGGAUUUUAACACCAUUCGACCCGAGUGAGCUGGGAAAAAAAGGAUUUUUUUGUUUUUAAGCUCAUUCCCCUGUUCAUGUAUUUUAACACGGGCAGAAACAACUCCAGCAGAACUUCAUAUAAAAGAAGAAACUCUUCUGGAAAUCAUUUUAUAGCAUCUGGAGACAGCUGAAUUGAAGUAUUGAGACACAGCAUGCAAACGGAAAACCAAGUGAUCAAAAUGGACAUGUUUUCAUCUGGCAACUCCAACAGCCUCACGCAGCAGAGCACAGAUGGAAACCAAGCAGAUAAAAGCCCACUUAAAGCUCUUACCCAAGGCCGGCUUUGUAAAGUGUGCUCUGACUCAAGCAGCGGUAAACACUACGGCAUAUAUGCUUGCAACGGUUGCAGUGGCUUCUUCAAACGCAGCGUGCGACGAAGACUCAUCUACAGGUGCCAGGCUGGAAAUGGCAGGUGUCCUAUUGACAAGGCACAUCGAAACCAGUGCCAAGCUUGUCGACUAAAGAAAUGUCUCCUGGCCGGCAUGAACAAAGAUGCUGUGCAGAAUGAGCGACAGCCUCGAAGCACAGCACACGUCAGCAUAGAUUCUGUAAAAAUGGACAGCAAAACUGAGCACCUGGCUACCACGCAGGACCUCACGCUCUCAGACACAUAUUCAUCUGUCAUCUGUAGACCUCUGAUAACUCCAUCUUCCACUGGUUCGGCUGCCACUCAGGCCGGCAGCAACCCUAACAACAGCCACCGCUUUAUGGUCAGCCUGCUGACUGCAGAGACCUGUGCAAAGCUGGAGCCAGAGGAUGUGGAGGAGAAUAUUGAUGUGACAACAAAUGAUUCAGAGAGGGAUCGCUCUCCCCCUGAUUGCCGCAUGUUUCCAUACACCUUCAGCUCUUCUGAGAAUAUAUACGAAACAUCAGCACGGCUUCUAUUUAUGUCAGUCAAGUGGGCGAAAAAUCUGCCAGUUUUUGCUCACCUGCCGUUUCGAGACCAGGUCGUUCUGCUCGAGGAAGCCUGGAGUGAGAUGUUCCUUCUGUGUGCCAUCCAGUGGUCCCUGCCAAUGGACAGCUGUCCUCUUCUGUCCCUGCCAGAGCUUUCUCCCACGCAGCAGGGCAAAUUCAACCCUCCCACGGCUGAGCUGCAGGUUCUGGAGGAGGUUUUCAGUCGCUUUAAGGCGCUGGUUGUUGACCCGACUGAGUUUGCCUGUCUUAAAGCCAUUGUCUUGUUCAAGCCAGAAACUCGCAACCUCAAAGACCCAGAACACGUGGAGAAUCUGCAGGACCAGUCCCAAGUGCUGUUGGGUCAGCACGUCCAUUCGGUGUACCCCGGCCAGAGUGCCAGGUUUGGGAGACUGCUGCUGCUGCUGCCGUCCCUUCAAUUUCUGAGCUCUGGGAAAAUAGAGCAGCUGUUCUUUCACAGGAUGAUUGGCAGCACACCGAUGGAAAAGCUGCUCUGUGAUAUGUUUAAAAACUGAAAAAAAAAAAAAACGAACGAUAGCUUCCUGUCUGUAGAUUUCUGAGUAUGGCAAUUUCACAAGCGACAAUCUGUAAAUAGUCUUUCCAUUGCUGAAAUGUCGACUGUUUACAGAGGCAACAGUAGUGAUGUUGGGUUCUGUUGACCAGUGAUUUCAUCACUGUCCCAUGUCAAAACAUGAGAAAAGGGUUUUGGAUUCAUUACAGCUUUGUCUCAGGUUUACUUUGUUUCAAUACAUUUGUAUUUUUGAUUGAUUCAGUUUUAUUAACAAACUUUGGAAAUAAUUCCCUGUA